CUUGAUAUCUGCAAUUUCUCGACUGUAACUCAAAUAUUUUCUAUUUAAUUCGACUCUUUGUAAAUUUAAUCAUAUUGACCUGCUGACAGCUGUGUUCUCCCCAAGGCAACACAAUUCAGCUCCUGGAGACGUUCGACACUUGUUCUGAUCAUUUGAUGAUCGCACAACUGCAAAAGUCGCUGAUUCAACAGAAUUCGACGUUUGAAAAGAAGAACAAUGUAGAGGUGGCUCCGAUUGCGAAGAUCAGUCUCAAGGAUCGUCUUGCUUCGUUGAAUAAUAGCGCCGAGCAAUGGAAAUCCCGUCCAGAACGCCAGCCAGCUGUGCAGCAACGACGAACCAGUGCGAACGUUCUUCAGGAUCUUCCGAUCUUCCAGCGUGCUCAGCAGUUACAUCAGCAACAACAACGGCCACAAUCAUUUCCAGUUGUGCAGGAGAAACCAUGCGACAUCACUAGUGGGCUCAAGAAGUUCUUCGGAAGCAAUCCAACUACAUCCGGAGCAUCUUCUUCAUUACCGAAAAUUUCUGAAAUUACUGCUUCGAAUGAUAUUGACUUGGAUGCGAUAUCUUCAAAAGCAACACCAGUCUUAAAAACAGUGACUCGACCUCGUGCUCCAAAUCGAAAGAAAUCCGACAAAUCAUCGACAUUCGAUGAAAGAAUCCGUUUGGACGCUGUCAAAAUCGACGAAGAAGCAUUUGCAGUUGUAGAGGAAGAACCUGAGAAGCUGGAGACUCAGGAGCAGGCAAUUGCAGCAAUUCAGGGAGCAAAACAACUUUUGAAAAGCCCAACAAAAGUGUCUCCGUAUCCAGAUGUAAUGUUAAUUCAAGUUCGAGGAUCGAAGAAUGUCGAUGUGAGACUUGUAGCACCCGCGAUGUCUUCUGUUCAUGAAGUUGCAUGUUUUGUGGUUGUACAUCAGAAGCAUCUCAUGAAGUAUGAAGGAUUGUACAGUAAUAUUCUGGAGAAAACUAAAGCAUCACAAUUGUGCAUUGAAAUUCUUGGAAAAUCAGAUUUGAAUUGCACUGCAGAAUCGAUUGUAACAGUGACAGGAGCUAGUAGAAGUACCCUGUCGAAGCUCUUGUUUUGCUCUGAAAAUUCUGAAUCCUCAAGUGAGAAUAAUAAUUAUCAUCAAGCAUCAUCAGUGGAGCCAUUCGAAACAACAGUUGCCAAAUUGAAUUUAGUACUUCGAAUCGCCGGCGAUAACACUGCUGAAACAUGUUCACGUCGGGAACGGCUCUCCUAUGAAAUCAUGAAACCAAGUGAAGUGCUCAUUUUUGAUUUUGGAAGUGAAAUCUACGUUUGGACGGGUAGAUAUUCGAAUAAAGUUAGCUCAGCUUACGCUCAAGAAUAUGCGAAACAACUUAUGAAGAAGCCUGUUAAAAAUGGGAAAUUUAUUCUAGGAGAUGCAGAAUCUAUUGAUCAAGAUGGACGACCAGAAUGGACGCUUUCAAGAAAAAUUCAUCAGGGAGUUCUGGACACUCUGUUCAAAGCAAAAUUCUCGGAUUGGCCUGAAACUCGUGAAGUCUUGACAACUUGUAAACCUAGAGCCUUGAUCUCGAAGAAGAAUCCGGAAGUGAAGACGUAUGAAGAUGUGAAGGUCGUGAAUCAAGAUGAUGAAGUGGCUGAUCUUGUGGAACGAAUGCUCCAGGAGCAAGAAUUGGAUCCAAUUUUAGUUCUAGAAGAUCAAGAGAUUGAUAGAAAAAUUCAUGAUGUAAUCAGCGAGGAUCGAUCACUUUGGGUGCUCCGAGGAGAAGUUCUGCAGAGUAUCGAAGAAUUUACGGAGCAUUUUGAUUCAAGACGAUGCUAUGUUCUUCGUUGGAAAUACAGAAUUCAAAAGUCAGGAGUACGGAGGAUUAAAACGGGAAAAGAAGAAGAACGGGAAACUGGUAGAUCAAGAAUCGCAUUCUGGUAUUGGCUCGGCGAGCACACAACUCCAAAACAACAUGGUCUUUGUGCUCUACGAAUUAAGGAAAUUGAUAGAGAUAAUAGUCCAAGAAUCCGAAUUGCUGAUGGAAAUGAGCCUGCGUUAUUCUUGGCACUUUUCGAUGGAAAAUUCAUGGUUAGCAGUGAUAUUUCGGAGAUGAAGCCGCUCCGACGAUACGUGGUUAUUGGCGCGAACUCCCGGGAAACUAGUCUUCGAGAAAUUGAUGAUUUGAAUUCGCCGCUUCGAUCUCAUGCUGCUUAUAUUGAAGUGGAAAAAGACAUUCUUGGCCCAUCAAGUGUAGUGUGUGGAGCAAAUUGCACUGAAGACCAAGUGCAUUUUGUGUUGGCACACGCUGAAUAUAUGAGGCAGAAGGCAGGAGUGAAGGGAAAUUCUGCAGAAAUUGAGGUAGAAGGUGAUAAAAAGUCGCGGAGCUGGGUGAAUUCAAAUGGAAGAAAACGGGCGAUGCGAGUUUGGAGAUUAUUUGAUAAUGAGUCGGAGCAAGUAAAUCAUUUGAGUGGGCAUAAGAAUUGUGCAUUCACUUUUUCACAACAGGUCCUGAAAGAAACCAUUCUAAUUGAUGUUGGAGACGCUCUUUGGUUAUGGUCAGAAGAAGUUAUUACUACAUUUGCACUGAAAGUCGCUGAAAAAUACUGGAAAGAUCGCAGCGGACCAGCAAAAGUUGUGUACAAAGGAGCAGAACCUGAGCAGUUUAAAGGACUUUUUAUGAAAUGGGAGAUGUUCGAAGUUGAAGAUGACAAGCCCUCGGAUCCACCACGCGAUGUUUCGGAUCUUCUCAAAGAACGUUGUAGAACAUUUUCACUCGAAGAACUGAAAGAACGAACAAGUCUUCCAGCUGGAAUGGACAUGAGACGUCUGGAGAGCUACUUGACUGACGACGAUUUUAUGAAAGUUUUUAAAAUUGAAAGAAGCGAAUUUUAUGCUCAAAAAACUUGGAAACAGAACGAUGCACGGAAAAGAGUUGGACUAUUCUGAACAUAUUUUUUAUUUAUAUUGACUCACUAGAGGCGGUGAAACCGUCAUUACUGUAUUAUCACCUUGCCAUUUUAUCUCCUGUAUAGAUUGCCUGAUAAAUAAAAGCGUGUAAUGUUU